AUGCAACGCAAUCUCUGCGACUACUGCGGGGUACGCCCGAAGUUCGUGAAUGGAAAUCACAUUCAUGAUUUCUGUGGGAAGUCCUGUGCCGCCAAGUCGAAAGCGUUGUCAAAUAAUUCCGCCCCCGGAAACGACCUUUGCAUUGUUUGUAACCAACGACCGAAGUUCAAAGACGCUGGCAAGUCAUACGAUUUCUGCGGAAAGAAAUGCGCUGCGAAGGCGAAUACCGGUGGGACUUCAACGCCGGUAGCCUCUUCCGGCAAUCUCUGCAGCGUCUGUAAUCAGCGUCCGAAGUUCAAGGAGGGAGCUAAGGUCCACGAGUAUUGUGGCAAGGCAUGCGCUGAAAAAGCGAAGACUGCUAACAAUGCUCCUGCUGGGAGUGGCAUGUGCAAGAUGUGUAAAACUCGUCCAGCUCACUCGAAGGGGAACAAGACGUUCGCUUUCUGCGGAAAGGCUUGUGCAGCGAAGGCAUGCAAGUUCUGUAAGGCGAGAGAAAAGCAUACCGAUAGCAAAUCAGGAAUCACUCUUGAUUAUUGCGGGAAGAAAUGUGCUCAGAAAGACCGGCAGGUCAAUGCCAACCCUUCUGGCAGACCUGGAAUUGCAGAGCUUGCUCCCGGCGAUCCUCGAUACUAUAGCGUCGCCAAUCAGUUCGAGGACUCCUGGAGACAUGCGUCACAAUGCCCCACCAUUGAGAAGAUUUACCAGAUAAUGGGAACUUCGUCAUCAGUAGAUGCAUACCAUAAGUACCGGAAGUCUCUGGAGGACAACGGUCAUUUCCGGUCCAAGAACUUAGAAGAAGGAAACGAGCAACGCCGAUGGCACGGGACAAAGCGGGCGUGCUUCCUCGGUGAUCCUGGCUAUACUCAGCUCUGCUCAGACGCGUCGUGUUCACUAUGCAGUAUUAUUCGUGACUCUUACGAUCUCGACCGUAUUGGCACUGCUCAUCGAUGGUCAACGUUCAAGCCAGGGUCUUCUGGUUGGGGACGAUUCGGUCGCGGACUAUACACAUCAUCAACAUCCUCCAAAUCUGACGAGCCAUACAUCAAGAACGUUGGAGCUGCACUAUCUUCUCCAUACAAAGCCAUGCUCCUCAACAAGGUUGCUGUCGGGCGUGGAUAUAAGACUCUCGUAGAUAUGCCCACGAUUACAGAGCCUCCUACCGGAUACCACUCGGUCCUAGGUGAGACUGGUAUCUCCCUGAACCACGACGAGCUCGUAGUCUACGAAAGCGAGGCAAUCAUCCCGACCUAUCUUGUGGUUUACGGCUGA